AUGUUUACAACUAAGAUCUCCAAAGCAUGUCAAGAAUGCCGGAGGCGCAAAAUUCGAUGCGAUGGAUUGAAUCCGUGUUCGACAUGUCAGCGACGAAAUACCGUGUGCCAGUUUCGGAAACGCGCUCGUGUGCGUCAGCGGCCGGGGACAGCCAUUCCACCACCAUCCGCUCAGGGGCCUGAUGCGCCCUUUGGCGACCUGGAAGAGACCCGUAGUCAGACCUUGACUGAAUCAGCAUCAGUGGUAGAUCUAGCUAGUCCCGGGGAGAAGCCGAAGGAGCACCAGCACCGGCCUAGUGAACCUCCAUCGCACCUCUACAGGGAUGUGCACAAGAGUGUGUCCGCCCGCGAAAAAUCGUCUUCAUCGGACUCGGUGGAAUUGUACUAUGGCCCAACCUCCGACUUCUCCCUCCUUCAGCAUCUUUACCGCCGUCUUUACAUUCAUGCGAAUCCGUCGGCUCCUCAACCCGACCGAGGUGAUACAGACGAGGUAGACCAGGGGCUGGACUUCUUCCGCAUCCGCCAUAUCUUCUUCGGACUAACGACGGCGGCACAGGGCUCUGACCAGGCCGAACAGCCCCUCCUGAAUCUGCCUCACGACAGGUGA